AUGGGGAAAUCUCAGGAUAUUCUCAGUGUGCACUCAGCACAGUGUGGAGACAGCUGGAGAGUUUAUUUGGAAACAAACAAAAAUAAGUAUCAUAGCAGUGACAUUAGAAAUGCCUUUUUCUCUGAAGUCAGCAUUGGGAUCACAGCCAAUGCCUUCCUUCUUCUCUUCCACGUCCUCUGGUUCUUUCUCAAGCACAGACCCAGGCCCACUGACAUGACCAUUGGGCACCUGGCCCUCAUCCACCUGGUGAUGCUCAUCAUUGUAGGGGUCAUAGCUGCAGACGUCUAUGCGACUCAGGAGUUAUGGGACAACUUCACUUGUAGAGCUGUGAUCUACUUGCACCAGGUGAUGCGGGGCCUCUCCCUGGGCACCACCUGCCUGCUGAGCGUCCUCCAGGCCAUCACCCUCAGCCCCAGGAGCUCCUAUUUGGCAAAGUUCAGGCGCACAGCCUCACACCACAUCAUAUGUGGGUUUCUCUUCCUGUGGGUCUUCAAUUUGUCCAUCAGCGCUCGUUUCUUUAUCUCCACUAUUGCCACCACAAAUAGUACAUCCAACAGUCUUAUGUUUGUCUCCAAGUCCUGCUCUCUUAGGCCCCUGAACUACUUACCCAGGUAUACUUUUUUUGUAACUUCUAUCUUCAGGGAUGUCUCCCUGCUAGGGCUCAUGGCCCUCUCAAGUGGGUACAUGGUGACCCUCCUGUGCAGGCACAAGAGGCGGUCCCAGCACCUUCACAGCACCAGCCUCUCUCCAAGAGCCUCCCCAGAGCACAGGGCCACCCAGACCAUUCUGCUGCUCAUGAGCAUCUUUGUGCUCCUGUACUUGUUGGACUGCAUCGUGUUCUCAUUCUCAGGGAUGUGGUGGAAAAUUGAUCCAGUUCACCUCUGUCUCCAGAUGUUGGUGGGCAAUGGCUAUGCCACCAUUGGACCUCUGGUGCUCAUCAGUACUGAAAAACGAAUGAUCCAGCUUUUCAAAUCCAUGUGGGAGAAGGAAAGUAGUGUUUACUUGUUCAGGAAUAAACAACAUGUCUCUUCAUGAGCAAAUACUUUGACUUGAAAGUGCUUAAUGAUCUCCUAUAGAAUCUGUUCUGUGGGUUCACUGAAAUGUAUGAAAAUAAGGAGAUUCAAAAUGGUGGAAUAGAGAGAAGCCACGUUGGCUUUAUCCUCAGAAAAAUUCCAGAAAAAAAGGACGGCAUUCUCAGGGGACUGACUGGGAAUGUUUGCAGUGGAG